GUGCGCGCGCAGCGGCCGCCUGCGUGUCCGGGCGACCUCCGCCGGUGUCCGUGGCGCGGCUGGUAGAGUGCAGACGCCAUGGCGGCCGCGCUUCUGCUGCGGCAGGGGCGAGCCGGAGCGCUGAGGACGAUGCUGCUGGAAGCACGCGUGUUCCGAGGAUUUGCUGCCACGGUUCCUCUCUCCGCAGAAUCCGGGAAGAGUGAGAAGGGACUGCCGCCCACCCCCAGGAAGCAGGGUGCACCCAAAAAUGUAGUGGAGCCCCAGGAGGGGCCAGAGCUGCCGGCCAGGCAGAUGGCCGCUGCGCCCAGGGCUCACCCAUCGGCUGGCCGCACAGGCGGAGGGGCGCACGGGCUCCUGUCCGGGAAGACCUUGGUAGAGUUUCCUCAGAAAGCUCCAUUCCCGUCCCGAGAGCGGCGCUCAGACCCAGCGGUGACGCGGGAGGGCCGGAGAGUGGCGGACGGCUCGUCCUCGUCCUCGUCCUCGUCCAGCUCCUCCGACUCUGAGUCCGACGAGGAGGGGGACCGCCCAGGCGCCCGCCCUCGCGGGAAGAGCAAAGGCAGAGGCAGGCCCCCGAAAGCCCAGGCCUCCACAGAGAACGCCCGGGCACAGGAGCCGCACACGGGUGUCGCCCACCCACCCAGGAAGAACGGGAUCCCCGCCAAGCCAUGGGAGGACACAGGAGAGGCCAAGCCCAAAGCCACAGCUCGCAAGCCAGAAGCAGGUGCCGAGCUCGUGUGGCGGGACGCAGCGGGGAAGCAGGUGCCGAGAGCAGUGCGGUCGGCUGACGCUGACAGAGGAAGCCAGAAGCCGUGUGACGGCAAAGACGUCUCGUCCGAUCCCGCGGAACCAGGGCUGUCCGCCCCCACGACGGCACAGGCUGGCCCAGGAGGGCAGCUGCAGGCCGCUCCCCCCGGGGCCCAGGAGAGCCAUCGGGAGCGAGCGCCGGGACCCAGCCGGAAGGCCGCGUCUCUCCCGAUGAGAAAAGAAAGUGUGGGCGGGCAGCCGACGGCCGGGCAGGUGACGGCCACGGGAGAGGUCCUGGGAGAUCGGGAGCCCCCGGGCAGCAUGAAGACCAUUCCCGUGGACGGGGAAGACGUGUGUGAGGAAGCAGGCGGGGUGACGGAGGCCGCCUCUGCUCUGGCGCCGCGGGAAGACGCCGCACAGGAGCCCGCGCUGGCGCCUGCGGAGCCGUCCGACAGCACCACCUACAAGAACCUCCAGCACCACGACUACACCCCCUACACCUUCCUGGACCUCAACCUGGACCUCUCGAAGUUCAGGAUGCCCCAGCCCUCCUCGGGGCGAGAGUCGCCUCGGCACUGAGGGAGCCGCCCGCGGUCUAGACCGUCUGCGUCCCCGCCGGCAAAAAUAAAACCCGCUCAAGG